AUGCUGUUCCAAGAUCGGAACAGCGCUCUGGGAGCCCAAGAUGUACUAGAAGAAGCACGCGCGCAGGCACAGCCGAAGCAAGUGAAGGAGGAAACUAGUAAUGCCCGGUCGCACACGCACAAGACGAAGAAAACCCAGACACCUCCGCGAGUAGAAGACCAACAAAGCCGGAACAGCCAGAAAGAGGCAGAGGCCAUCGUGGAUGAAGCAGGAGUGCGUUCUGUGUACCCACAGAGCGCGCGCAGUUCGAGACUCUUGCAUUGGCUAAAUCGCGACCUCAGGGCGCUGCAAGAUCUGCGGAGGCGGUCGAAGGACGGCGAGGAGACGGCUUCAGUGUUGCAUAGACAUCGGAGCGAUCGGGGUCGCGACGGCGAGAAAGCAUCAUUUGUGAACGAAGAGACGACUGGCGCCUCUACGUCCUCCACAACAAGUACGACUGGUGAGGAGAAUACGCAAGAACAAGACUUUGUCAUCUUAUUCCCGGAGCGUCGUGCUGAAGACGUGCAUCAGCAGUACGCAGAUCGAUUGCGCGACAGUCUGUUUUUCUCUCAGCGUCAGCCUCCAUCGCAUAAAAAUGACAGCACGAUACAGACAAAAUCAAGCUUCGAUACGACAAAAUUCAGAAACAGAGGAUACGACAAAAUCAAAAUGAGAACAAGAAGAAAUGGAAGAACAAGAAGGGAAACAGGAAGAGACGAGGCGAAGACUUUCGACGCGGCAGAUCAACGCAUGGAAACCGAGAUCACUCGUCGGGCGACGAAAUGGGAACUAAUGCCGUUGAAGGAUUUGGAUGACUUGGUCAACGAGUUUGUAAACGAAAUGGUAUCGCAGCGUUACAUUGCAGGACGCAAGCUGCGACAGCGACUCACGCAGACCCUUCUUCGCGCAAAGGCCGCUGAGGAACAGCGACGCGCAGCCCUUAGGAGGCGCAACCAAUCAUCCUCUUUCGAGUCUCAGAGUGGCAAUCGCAAUGGCAGGUCAGAAGCUUCAUCAUCCUCGCGGAGUCGACUCAGAGGAAGCAAAGUUGAUGUCACGAGUAGAACUGACCAUACACGUAAUCGUAAAAAUCAAGAACAAGAAAGGGAAUCCUCGUCUGACGAAGAUGCGCAUUCUCGUGAAGAUGAACAUGCAACCCUCCUCGAAGGGGCUCAACUACUGCUAGAAGAAGGGAGUUUUGAUAUCGAACGAGCU